GGCAUUUUAGAACUCUCUCUCUCUCUCCCCCUCUCUCUCUCUUUCUCCUCAUAGAAGCAUGCAAACCCUGAACGAUGACAUAGUUCCCACUUCUACCGCUCCCAAUUCACUUAACUCUCAUGCCGUCACGUCUCUCUCUCCCUCAGUUCCCACCCGACCUUUAACUUUUCACGUUCAUGGCGGUCUCAGACGUCGAUGCAAUGCUGGAUUUCUUGAGGAAAAAUGGGUUCUCGUAUGCCGAAUCGUCUCUCAAAGAGGAAAUGAUUGAAAAGGAUGAACUGGGUUCCUUUGAUUUCGAGAAAUUCUUCUUCCCAAUGGUUCCCCCGCCCCCACCGGUGAGAAUUCCUUCGACUCUCCGGCGAUCGGAGGUUGAGGGUGAAGGUGAAUCUUCGCGAUCGAACUCUACUUUCGAGGACGAUGAGUUUGUGAGCUUCGGGUCUUCCUCUUCAGAUAUGUGUUCUUCAGAGUUCAUAAAUCCAUAUGAAAUUCGGUCAAAAUCUCAGGAUAAUUCUGAAGCUUCAUCAGAGAAUUUAUCUCCGUUUGGCACAGCACGCGAUUAUCAUGACUUUGACAUUCAGAAUGACCUAUUCUGUUGUGAUGAGAAAGAUGAUGGCGACUUCAUGACUCCCUACUUUGAAGGACUGGACUUCUUUGAAUGUCCAAGCGAGGAUAAGUUUGUCAUGACAUCGGAGAAUAAGAAGAAACAAGAGAACCCACUGGAAGAGAAAUGUCUUUUUUACAUUGAUUCCUUGAAUGACGAGAAUGUGGUUCAUAUGGUGGAUAAUGAUAAUUUUGAUAGAAAUAAUGACCCUGGAGGAGGCAUUCAGGGAAAGUCCAAAGGUGUUUCUGCUCAUGGUUGUGCAACACCCUUUUGCAAAUGUUGUAUGGCACCUGGAGGAUUUAAUGAUAAUGACAACUACCUGAGCACUAAAAAAAAUGAUUGGAGUGAUUAUGCGUUAAAAGUCACGGGGGACAUUACCUCCUAUUGUGAAACUUCUGCACAAGAUAAAACAAAGAAGACUAGCUACUCUGCUAAACGGGGUCCCUCAAAUGACUUGGUUGAAGGAUUUAAGAGUUGCCCUGACUUAAAUAUGGAGGUUUCUGAGAAAGAUUUCAUACCCAAUGGAAUUGACAGCUAUGAAGUUGGAGAUGGUGGAAAGUCAAAUGCAGAAUCCCAAAAGCCUGCUGCUUCUACAGAGGAGGAGGACUUUAUUGACGAGCUUUUAAUGUAUGCUACUCAUGAGGAUGAAUAUGAAGUAUUUGACUUAAGAAUCAUACACAGAAAAAACAGGACUGGAUUCGAAGAAAACAAGGAUCUGCCGAUUGUGCUGAAUACUGUUGUUGCAGGCAGAUAUUAUAUAACAGAGUAUCUGGGUUCGGCUGCUUUCAGUAAGGUUGUUCAGGCCCAUGAUCUUCACACAGGAAUGGAUGUUUGCCUGAAGAUCAUAAAAAAUAACAAAGAUUUCUUCGAUCAGAGUUUGGAUGAGAUCAAACUUUUAAAGCUGGUCAACAAGCAUGACCCAACUGAUGAACGGCACAUUUUGCGUCUUUAUGACUUCUUUUAUCAUCGAGAACAUCUCAUCAUUGUUUGUGAACUCCUCCGGACAAACUUAUAUGAAUUUCAGCAAUUCAUUCAAGAAUCUGGUGGAGAAGCUUACUUUACCUUGAGCAGACUGCAGGUCAUAACUCGUCAAUGUUUGGAGGCAUUGGAAUACUUGCAUCACUUGGGAAUUGUUCACUGUGAUCUAAAGCCAGAGAACAUUCUUAUCAAAAGUUACAAAAGAUGCGAGGUAAAGGUUAUCGAUCUUGGAAGCAGUUGCUUUGAGACGGACAACUUAUGCCUAUAUGUACAAUCACGUUCCUAUCGAGCUCCUGAAGUAAUCCUAGGCCUUCCAUAUGACCAAAGGAUUGACAUCUGGUCUCUUGGCUGUAUCUUGGCUGAGUUAUGCUCUGGUGAAGUGCUGUUUCCAAAUGAUUCGAUUGUAAUGAUCCUGGCACGCAUGAUUGGGAUGCUGGGCCCCAUUGAUCAGGAGAUGUUGGUGCAGGGUCAGGAGACACAUAAGUAUUUCACGGAAGAAUAUGAUCUCUAUUGUAUAAACGAGGAGACAGACCAACUGGAAUACAUAAUCCCCGAGUCAUCCUCGUUGGAGCAUCGUCUGCAGGUUAAUGAUAUUGGCUUUAUCGACUUUGUGAAAAACUUGCUCGAAAUCAAUCCACAGAGGCGCCCGACAGCAAUCGAGGCACUAGAGCACCCAUGGCUCUCCCACAUGUACUAGUCCAGUUCUUGCUACAUUUUUGUUGGACUUUCCUUUCUUGUGGGAUUGUUUCUCAGUUUGUCACAUUAGCCAAACUGCCAUGACCUUGAGCGUAAGGAUGGAAUGCAUUUCCCAAUUUGGUUCUGGUUGCA